GUUUAUUUAUGAGUUAAAAUUGCCGCACUAUUAUUUUGAUCUUAUUUUUUUUGUUGCCAAUUUUCAAAUUAAAAUCGAAUUUGAUUUUUGGCGGUUAAUUGUUUUCCGAUGGAAUAUGAUGAUCAAAAUGAUGAUAUUAAGAUAUCAAAAAAUAAUGAAGAAAUUAUCGAAUCAUUGGAUAUUAUUGAUGAUAUUGUAAAAGAAUUAAGUUGUCAUCAACAAAUAGAAUCCAAACAAGAUGAUUCUGAACCGAUAAAAGAUAUUGUGACCGAUAAUAACAUAAAAGAAACGAAAGAACCAACCGAAGAAAUAACCAAAGAAGAUAGAAAAUCUGUAAAUGAAACGAAAAUAAUAAAACUUGAAAAUGAUGAUAAAAGAAAAGACAAGACAAAUGACGAUUUUGACGAACCAAUUCUUUCGAUUCAAUUUCCAGAUGUUAUUCAUACAUCAAAACCAUCAUCAUCAUCAUCAUCAUUAAACAAAGAAAAUGAUCAAGAUGAUAAAGAAGAUCAUACUGGUGAUGAUGAUGAUAAUGAUGAUAAUAAUGGUGAUGAUGGUGAUAAUUCAUCUAUGGAUGAUGAUCAUGAUGAAAUGAUGAAAAAUUUACAAUCCGAUCAUUUUGAUGAUGAAUCAAUGGAUGAUGAUAAUAAUCGUUUAUUAUGCGAUAAAUUAGAUUCAUUAGAAUAUAAAACUGGUUUAACAUUAUUACCGAAAAAUGGUACAAUAUUAACCGAUAUUGAUCCAACAACAUUAUCCAAACAAGAACAAAAACAAUUGAAAGAAAAAUUACAAGAAGAAGAACGAGAAAGAAUGCAGGUGUUGGUUUCUAACUUUUCCGAGGAACAAUUAAAUCGCUAUGAAAUGUAUCGUCGUGCUGCAUUUCCAAAAGCAGCUAUCAAACGACUCGUACAACAGAUAACUGGAUGUUCAGUUUCACAAAAUGUUGUUAUUGCUGUAUCAGGUAUAGCUAAAGUAUUUGUUGGUGAAAUUGUUGAAGAAGCAUUAGAUUGUAUGGAACAAAAUGGUGAAUCAGGACCAUUACAUCCGAAACAUAUUCGUGAAGCUGUACGAAAAUUACGAUGUAAAGGCAUAAUACCAAGAUCAAAACAACCGAAUCCAAAUACAUGGAUAUAGGAUCGAAACAAACAAACC